AUGGCCACGAACUUGUACGACACCCUCGGCCUCGCCCGUGACGCCUCCCAAGAACACAUACGAAAAGCAUAUCGCCGCAAGGCCCUCGACACCCACCCCGACCGACUCCCGCCCGGUGCAUCCUCGUCCCAGAAGUCAGCAGCGGAGGAGCAGUUCCGUCAGGUAAACGCUGCUUAUGAAGUCCUCAGCAACCCCAAGACUCGACAAGAAUACGAUGUAGCUGGCGUGUGGCCUUCCCAGAACCGCGCACCCGAUCCUGGCCCGAUGCCAAGCGCCAACGCUGGCGGCGACCCCUUCAUGCACCCCUUCUUCAACGACCCCUUCUUUGGUGGACGCCACGAUCCCUUCUUCAACUCUGCCUUCGGGGGCGGCGGUGGCUUCCCCUUCGGCCCUGGAUUCCCCUUCGGUGGGCCGGGCGCGACCAUGGGCUCGCGCAGCAGGCGAUCGCCCGGCCAUGAUUCAUUCUUUACGGACCCGUUUGAGCUCUUCAACUCCAUGUUUGGCGACUUUGAUCAUGCGUUCCGCGACAUGUCUGCCAGUCCGGCCCAUGACGAGCCGUUCAUGGGCGGACCUGUGUCUGGUUUCCCGUUCGGAGGCGGCCGGCAGCCGGGCAAUGGCAACUUUACGAGUUUCCAGCAGUCAACGUCAUAUGGUGGGCGCGGGGGUGGUAGUAGUGGUCGCUGGGUGUCGGAGAGCACGAGCACGCGGACCGUCAAUGGCGUGACGCAUACAGUACACACGCGCCGAGAUGCAGAGGGUAACGAGCACGUUACACACACCUACCCAGACGGCACCAAAAAGCGAGUUGUCAAUGGCAUCGAGCAGCCGUCUUCCUCAUCUAGUAGGCGACACAUCAGUGCCCCACCCCAAACAUCGGCGCCCCCGGUGCCGCCUGUACCACAUGCGCCACCUGUGCCACCUGUAGCCCCCGCUCCUCCUGCUAUUCCUCCUCUCCCCCGUUCACCAAUAUCCACCGGCCCGCCCGGACCCACACCCGAGCAGUUCGACUACUACACGAACCCGUACGACGGCGAGCGCGACCGACGCCGCCACCGAAGCGCACGGGAUGACUAUUACAACGGGCGCGACCGCGACUACGACCGCGGGCACGACGACCGCAGCCGUCACCACCACCAUCACAGCCACCACGGCGAUCACCAUCGCCCGCGGGCUUCAGCCGACACGAACCCGUCACCGGUGUAUUCAGACCCGUACUACACCAGUGAGUCCUCUGUUAGUCCCAGCCGCCCAGCUGCUUUCUCUCCGCACCCCGCCGACCAUGCUGACCGCGACGGUGCUGCUGCUUCUGCCGCUGCCGCUGGUCAUGCAGGCUAUCGCGCCGGCGUCGGUCCCGCGCACGCCGACGACCGCACGGAAAAGCGUUCCUCAUGGAAGUUCUGGAAGUAA